CAAAAGCGAAAACAAAAACAAGCGCAUUUAUCAAAAAGCAAAUACAAAACAAAAAUGUGGCCAAAACUGCUGUGCUUAUUGGCGCUGCUGAACGCCAGCUAUGCUUCGCCUAUUGAGAUUGUCAUAAAUACAACAAAUGAAGCUGGCGGCAAAGCUGGCCAUAAAUUGUUACCAGCAGCAGCGACAACAACAACGACGACUGCGAGAACAACAACAAGAAACGAAACAGCUGGCGCUUAUCUAACCAAAUCGUCGCUGCCUUUUGCUGAUAACAACGGCCAUGGCAACAACAACAAUAACAGCAGCUUUGUGCCCAUACAGUUGCACGGAACAGACGCUGCCUUAGCCUCCACCGCCGUCGCUGCUUCCCCUCAGCUGCGUCAGUCAGCGCCCACAUUCCCGCCGUUGCAGAACAAGAAACACGAGAAGGCGAUCAAAUGCCAUUGCGAUAUCUGCAAGGAUACGAAUCACAUCUGCGAAACGGAUGGCUAUUGUUUUACGUCUGUGGAGAAGGACACCGACAGCAAGAUAACUUUCAGUUUUCGUUGCCUCGAUAAGCGUUACGAGCUGAAUCGCGAGCCGUUGGAAUGCCUUUCCAGUCGCCCAAAAUACGAUUCGUAUAGAAUUAAGUGUUGUAAUAUGGAUUUCUGCAAUAAAGAUGAGCUUAUGAAAAGGAUAUUUGAAACAGAAUAUCGGUCUAAUAAGACGCUGUCCAGUUGGCAAUUGGUCACUAUCAUAGUGGGCGCCACUUUAAGCAUUUGCUUUAGUGGCACUGUAGUCUGGUAUUUCUGCCAGCGUCGCAAGCGUUUGGCCAAUGGACGACCGUUCGCCAAGGAGGAUUCUGUCUACGAUCCCAUACUAAAUGGCAACACUACGCUACAUGAUAUUAUUGAGAUGACCACCUCGGGCUCUGGAUCGGCUGGACUGCCGCUGCUGGUGCAGCGCUCGAUUGCACGUCAAGUGCAGCUGGGCCAUGUGAUUGGCAAGGGACGUUUCGGCGAGGUGUGGCGCGGACGCUGGCGUGGCGAAAAUGUGGCCGUCAAGAUCUUCUCUAGUCGUGAGGAAUGCUCCUGGUUUCGUGAGGCGGAGAUCUAUCAAACUGUAAUGUUGCGUCACGAGAAUAUAUUGGGUUUCAUAGCAGCGGACAAUAAGGACAACGGCACCUGGACACAGCUGUGGCUAGUUACGGAUUAUCAUGAGAACGGCUCGCUAUUUGAUUAUUUGACCACGCACACCGUGGACACUAAUACCAUGUUGAACAUGGCGCUGAGCAUUGCCACGGGUCUGGCACAUCUGCACAUGGACAUUGUGGGCACACGCGGCAAGCCCGCCAUUGCGCAUCGAGAUCUCAAGUCAAAGAACAUACUGGUCAAGUCGAAUUUGAGCUGUGCCAUUGGAGAUCUGGGUCUGGCUGUGCGGCAUGUGGAAAAGGAUGAUUCAGUUGAUAUACCGUCCACACAUCGUGUGGGCACCAAGCGCUAUAUGGCGCCCGAGGUGCUCGACGAGAGCAUGAAUGCCCAGCACUUCGAUUCGUAUAAGCGUGCGGAUGUCUAUGCCUUUGGCCUGAUACUGUGGGAGAUAGCGCGUCGCUGCAAUAUGGGCAUGAUCUUUGAAGAAUAUCAAUUGCCCUACUGGGAUGCUGUGCAGCCCGAUCCCAGCAUUGAGGAGAUGAAAAAGGUCGUGUGCAUUGAGAAGAGUCGGCCGAAUAUACCCAAUCGCUGGCAUGCUUCGGAUGUGCUCCACAACAUGGCCAAAGUCAUGAAGGAGUGCUGGUAUCCCAAUCCAGUGGCGCGACUCACAGCGCUGCGCAUCAAAAAGACGCUAGCCAGCAUACGUGUCGAGGACAAGGUCAAGAACUGAUUGUGGCCCUAAUGUGUGUGUGUAGCCCUCACCUUUUCCACGAAAAUUUGGGAUGCGUUUAAUCUAAAUGGAGUUGCGUGUGCAACUGCAUCGCAACUGUGCAACCUGUAACCUGGCCCCGUGUUACCUUCAAGCAGCAAACAAAAAGAAAAGAAAAUUAAGAGAGAACUAAGCUAAACUAAACUAAACUAAACUAAACUAACAAAUACGCUGUAAAUACUUAGAUCUUAUAUGCCCUAUUCCCCACACACAUGCUAUGAACUGUGCUCGUUUUAUAUUAUCCUUUGCAUUUCGCAUCUACUUUUACUUUUGUACAUAUAUCUAUAUAUGCGUAUGUAUAUGCCUAUAUAUUUCGUUGACAUUUUCCGCUGAGAUUCGCUUAGUUUUUCAUGAAGGCAGCGGCGCGCCACAAGAAAACAAAAACCAAUAUAAAUAAAGAACCGCCGCACUGCCAAUUUGUGCUAAAAAAAAAAAAGAAAAAAAAUAAUGAGAUAAACAAUUAGGGCCUAAAUAUGUAUACCUAACAUAUAUUUUUUAUAGCCACUGUUCACAAACAAACAAAAAAAAUAUAUAGAUGAAAAACGAAAACGAAAACAAAAACAAAAUACAUACAGUUAAAAGACUUUGCCAAGACUGAGCAGCAGUGAGAACAGCAGAAAAAAACCCGAAAAUACAAAAAGAAAAGCCCCAAAAAGUGAAAGAAAGAAAAACCCCAAGUUACAAAUUACGAAUUCCAGUUGUAUAUCAAACUAAUAAUCGUAUAUAGGAAACCGUAGCAAUAUCUAGUAAUUAAACACUUUUUAGGCGUUUAUCGUUGACAAAUAAAAAAAAUAAAUAAAAAUAAAUAAAAUUAAAAAUAUUUAUGAAAACUCAGGAACUCACAAAUUACAAAAAAAUCAACAAUUUUGAAAAGCAAACAAAAAGUUAAACAAGUUUAUAUGGCGCGCCGACUGCUGCAUGCCACGCCCCAUAACCAUGCCUGCCCCGUCCCGCCCUCUACCCCUUUAAGCUGUUGCUGCUGUGUGUGCGUCUCCUAAGCUAAUUAUACAUACACGCAUAACAUUAUAUAUAUAUAC